AUGGAAGAAGCUGAAGUACCUGUUCCCGAUUUAUUAAAAAAGCUAAUUAACACGCACAACUAUUAUAUAGACAAAACUACUUUAUAUUUGAAAACCAGAUGGUUUUCAUUACUGGGUUUAUUUAUUAUAUAUGUACUUAGGGUUUAUUACGUAACCGGAUUUUAUGUUGUAUCGUAUGCAUUAUCAAUUUUUUUGUUAAAUUUAUUUUUAAGGUUUUUAACCCCCCACAAUAUUGAAGAAAUAUAUGAACAGUAUGAAAAUGAGAAUAAUGGGUUAUUGCUUCCUAUGAAACAAGUCAACGAACAAAAAAGAGAUAAUAAUCCUGAUGACAAAAAAGAAUUUAGACCAUUUUUAAGGAAAUUAAAUGAAUUUAAAUUUUGGUUAUAUUCAACGAGAGCUAUUUUGUUAUCAAUAGUUUGCACAUUUUUCCCAUUUUUAGACAUACCUGUAUUUUGGCCCUUAUUACUUUUUUAUUUUAUAUGUUUAUUUUUGGCUACUAUGAAGGAGCAAAUUAAAAAUAUGAUCAGAUUUAAAUAUUUACCUUUUAACACAUCUACCAAACAAACUUAUGGUUCCAUUGUUCGGGGGAAUGGAAGAAACAAAUAA